AUGCCUGUGGAGAGAAUUUGGCGAAUGCCUGUGGAGAGUCAACCACCAUUGAAACCGCCGGAUGGGGGUGUUGGGAGCCUCAGGGCAAAUCAGACGAUGACCUUCAAGGAGAAGGUACUGGGUGCCUCGACUCAGCGGCCUGUUGUUCGGGACCUUAUCAAGGAAGGGACUAUGACGUUAGAAUUUGAGGGUGGGGAUCGGUUGCUUCCUAAAUUUAGCAUUACGGCACCCACCUUUAAAAAGUUGUGUGAACCAUGGGAACAAUGCCUGGUGAUCAAGCUGUUGGGGAGAGAGGUGGGGUUCUUAACGUUGCGGGAUAGGUUACCUGCUUUGUGGAAGGUUCAAGGAGGGUUUGAGUUGUUGGACGUGUCGAAGGGUUACUUCAUGGUGAAGUUUGACUUGGAGGCAGAUAGAGAACGGGUUAUGCACGGUGGCCCUUGGAUGCUCUUUGAUCACUAUCUUAUUGUUAGGCCUUGGUCCCCGGAGUUCGUCGCUUCAUCAACGAAGGUUGAUAGUACUCUCGUUUGGAUCCGGUUUCCAGGUCUCGGUGUUAUGUUCUAUGAUGAGAGUGUUCUCUUAACAAUUGCAUCAGCCAUAGGGAAACCAGUCAAGGUAGACCUUAAUACCUUGAACAUGACGCGGGGCAGGUUUGCGCGGGUCUGUGUUGAGAUCAGUUUAAACGAACCAGUUGUUGGACGAUUUUUCCUCAAUGGCGUUUGGUAUAAUGUUGAGUAUGAGGGGCUCCACUUGCUGUGCUCGUCGUGUGACUGUUAUGGACAUGUUCGAAGGAGUUGUCCCUCUGCAAAUAAGCUUGAGUCGAAGGUCAACGGCGCAGGGGCGAAGGAGGCUACAGAGAAGACGCCAGGGGAAUCUUUGCAUAGUGCAGUUUUGGAUGUUCUGGCAGGAGAGGAUUCAACUCCGCACGUUACGGGGGAAAUCGCGCCAGAUCCGCAUGGAGACUGGCUGGUUGUGAAAUGGCGCAAUCGGAAGCAAAAUCUGGGAAAAUCAUUGGGUAAGGGUCGAUCUUCCCUUCAUAAUGGAAACGCGGAGAUAAGGGAGCAAAAUCAGGAUAUCCAGAAUUAUUCCACGAGUGGUGUACACAUCGCGGAUGAGUCACGUGCAAGUUUUAAAAAUUCACGUGUAGUGAGGGUGACCCCACGUGAACAAGAGCAUGCAGCUGGAUACACUAAUAUGGUUGGGGGCCACGUGAGGCAUGCAGAUGAGACUCCUAUGGGCUCCACUAUGGACAACAAAAAACGCAGCAGGUGUGAGGCAGCUGGUGCACGUCCACGAACAGGUCCAGCUGGCGGGACAAAUGCUUUAGACACGAACGCUCAUCAAGUCCGUAGCGCGCAACCCAGUCCGUCUCUCGGGGGCCCACGGUUCAUAUAUGACGGACCGAACGGGGACGUGGAAAAGGGUAUGGAAACCAGUGUACUUCUUACCGGUGGCACAUCCAAGGAAAAUUUCGAUUCGGAGGCCAGUGGAAUUGUGAUUCCGGGGAAGGACGAUGCUAUGCUAUUUGAUCAGUCUCUGGAAGGGGAGGCCAUGUGUGUUUGA